CAUGUACAUGGAUAAUUCAUCUUAAAAAUGAAAUCAAAAAUGGAUGUGUAUUACUACAGGAAAGUAAAAAAUAAAAUGGUGUGUGUUUUAUUAGUUAUUGUAAUGUGCUUGUUAUUAUAUAAUGAAUGUGUUGUGUUUUGGUAUCAACAAUUAAUAUGGCCACCACUACCAGAGAACAGUGACAGAAAUCUGGUUGUUCUAUUGGUAGCCGAUCCACAAAUACAAGGGGAAUAUUUAGAACCUAUGUUCCCAAUAGGAAGUAUAAGUAGAUGGGAUGCUGACAGGUAUCUGAAAAAGACAUUCGAACGAGUCUAUCUGUACAGUCAGCCAGAUAUUGUGAUGUUUCUGGGAGAUUUGAUGGAUGAAGGUGACCAAGCUACACAUGAACAAUACGAUACUUAUUAUAAUCGCUUCAUGGAUAUCUUUCAGUUAGCCAAACAGUCAAAGGUACAAUUUAUUGCAGGGGACAAUGAUAUAGGUGGGGAGAAGAUUCACAAAAGGAUACCAGACAAAGUGAACAGAUUUGAACGAUACUUCCAACCCACUUAUGGUAGUACACAGGUGUCUUUCUUAGAUAUUAUUAAGUUUGAUUAUUGGUUAUAUUCGAAAUGGGGAACUGCUCCAUUGUUGGCCAAUAUGAGAAAUAAAUCGUCAUCAUUCAAGAUGGUUAUUACCCAUGAAUCAAUACUAAAAACCAAUAACAACAAGAUGCAGCUAAUUCGUGACAUCAAACCUGACGUUAUCAUCUCAGCUCACAUGCACCAGUCUAUGCAAUACGAAGGAAACUUAAGAUUUGGUGAUAUGCAGGUUAACAGUAUUAAAUUAAACCAAAUCAAUACCUUUAUAAACGUGAACGUCAGCAAUCCAACAAGCGUUAACGAAGUAAUGGUCCCAACUUGCAGUUAUAGAAUGGGAGAGCCAAGAAUGGGAUAUGGUUUAGCAGUUUUAAGUGAUGAUAAGACAAUGAAAUAUACUGUAUUAUGGUCACCCAGUCGAUAUCGGAGUUUACGCUUGUACAUUUACGUUGUUAUUAUUAUUUUUUUAUUUUAUAAUUUUAAAAAAUGGUACCAGGCGUGGGUCAAUUGUAAAACGUAUUUCUGACCAAAUAAACAUAGAUUUAAAUU